AAAAACAAAGUUGCAUUUUUUGACCUCCAUGGCUGUGUUUGUGCCUGAGAUCCCUGCUAGAAAGUCGAGGUGUUUUAAACCUCAGUGCAUGGGGAAAAUUCUGGACAGCGUGGUAAUGCCAUUUGGAGGUAAAUCUGACACUGGUAACCUGCAGAGAUUUGUCACAGCAGCUGAACAACUGUUCAUCCUUCACCCCGGGGGAGAAGGUGAGUUUAUGUGGCUUUAGAAUAGAUGUGGUUAAAGUGGUGGAACCCAUCCUCCAGCUUCAACAGGGAGGUGAAAUGUCCAGAUUGUUCCUUCUCACCUCUGUUGUCAAUGAUUUGGGAUCUUAAAAACAGCUUGUGACCCUGCCCACUCUUGAUUUAGUCUAAGGGGGGAAAGUCCUACUAAUGUACUACCUGUAAUGAGCAAUUUCAAGCAAGAGUUGUAACAGGAGAUGUUUUGUGUCAUGUGGUGGUAAUAGAAACUGGAGAUGGGGUGGGGAGGCUGCUGAGAGUAAGGCAGGAAAACCCACGGGGCUUUUCCCAGAAAGGAGAAACGCUGCUGCUGGAAGAAGUUCAGGGAUCAAGUGGCUCAAUGCUUUCUCCUGAUGGCAGCAGAUGGGUUAGUUUGAGCUUUUGGAAGUGAAUAAAUCCUCCUGUGGGGCCACUUUAUCAUAGUGUCAGUUCCCUCCCCGCGUCCUCUCCUCUGUUCCCCGGUCUCAUUUGCACAAAAGAGAGAAGGGCUCUGGCCUCUCAGCUCCUGUAUUAUGUCACAAUCAAACCUUUUAAAGAGUAUUUGUGUGUUGUUUUCCAUUCAAGAUGGGGUCAGAGCAUAGAUAUUCAGCAGGAUUUUUUUCUUAGAUGGGUAAGACAAUAGUUUCAUAGAGCUUUGAGGAUCGCUGGCACUAAUGUAUAUAAGCAUCGAGGUUUAACGCAUUUUAAAUGUUUUUAGAACUGCCGGAGUGAGCCGUGCACAGCAACAACUUGAGCCGGACUUUAGCCCAGGGUUGUGUAAGGAGUUACAUCACAGGUGCGUGUGGGGAAGAACAAAGAGCAAGCCAAGGCUGAAAUGCUUUUUUGAUUAUUAAAGUAAAAAUGUAAAGUAUUUGGUGAAUGAACAGAAAAGUGGUUGUGUGGGGAUUCAAAUACAAUUCAAGGAGUCCGGUGUUGGGACAGUUGAGGGUCUAACAGGGUAUCUCCUCUAACGAAUCUGUUUUCCUCUUCAGGAAAAUCCCUCGCCGCAGAGAAGGCAGCGGGCAAACUCUGCCUCUUCCCCUGUGCAUCUGUGGGCAAUGUGAGAACACGCUGGUAACCGCAAGAGCGUGGUAGUGGUUUCCGGGAUGUUGUGGCUGCGCUGUGGGCACCAUCAGUGAUGGAGCAAUGGUGUUGCCCUGGCAGUGGUUUGAGCUGGGAGCCCCGUUCCCGUGCCGUGGAGCAGGUCCACCUGCGCUGCACCGAGGGCUCCCUGGAGUGGAUGUACCCGGCACGAGCCCUGCGAGUGGUCCUGGAGCCCAACCUGUCCAGUGCCCAGCACACCACCGUCUGCAUCAAGCCCGCCAGCGACUUCCAGGGUGCCAACAUCUACGUGGAGCGCGCUGGGCAGCUGCACCUGGUGCUGAGCGAGGCCGAAGGGGCUCGGCCCCACCACGUGUCCUGCUUCAGCGCCCACGGGCCGCAGCGAGUGGCCCUGUUCCUGCAGGCCAGCCCGCAGAGGGACAUCAGCCGCCGCACCGCCAGCUUCCAGUACGAGCUGCUGAGCAACCAGAGCACGGCCGGCCCCGACUUCAAAAAGAUGGCCCUGGUGGAAGCUAUGUGCCGUCCUUGUGACAACGUGGAACUUCUUAUGGCCAUUUGCAGCAGUGAUUUUGUGGUGAAAGGAUCCAUCCGGAACGUUUCCCACGACUCGGAGAACCACAUGUCCCAGGUGGAUGUCAGAGUCCAGAGAGUCUACAGGCAGAAGAACAGGAUUUUCCAGCAGGAUGAAGGGAGUGGGGAGUGGAGGGGCCCCAUCCGAACCCUGCUGCAGUGCAAGGUGAAGAAGGGAGGUGGAGAUUUCCUCUUCACUGGGAGUGAACACUUUGGUGAAGCCUGGCUGGGCUGUGCCCCUCGCUUUAAGGAUUUCAUGUUUGUUUAUCGAGCUGCCAGAGAAAGAGGAGCCAACCCCUGCGAGUUUGAGCUCAACUGACAAGAGAGGCACUGUUGUUGAGAGUCGAACAAUUUCAGCCCAGUUUUCGGAUUCUGAAUCUGGAGCAGAGUUAAAACCAAGGACCCAAACUGGGAAGCUGGAGAAUUCCCUGAGGAUAAUGGCUCUGUGAGCCCUGUGAACUCUUCUAACCCACAUUAGUUUCUCCUUCUUCACAAUGUCAUUGUCUCGUAAAAUAACUCUGAAGUUUGAAAAGAUUAUCUUUUUUUGGGGGGGUUAGAAAGCAGCUUGUGCCCAGGAUUACAAAAUUCUAACAUGUUUUCUUCUGUCUACGUGCUAUGUGCUUUUUCUCCAGAUAUUUUUCUCCUCCCCAAUCUCUACUUUUUUUUUUUUCCUUUUCAGAUGAAUGUGGAAACUCUCUCUAAGCUGGGGGGGGGGGAGGAAACUACCCUUGAGGCAAAAAAAACCCCAAAUCCCCAAGAACUACUUCUUUUUUAAAAUUGAAAAUAGGCUGCUGUAAGAAGUACAUUUUCUUUUCUUACAUUGAAAAACAUUAAGGAGUUUAAUAUAAGCACGGACAAAAUACAACUAACUUGACUCCUGAAAGUUCUGUUGAACUAAUUUAGGAUCAACAAUUGCUCAUGAUGGUAUUUUUCACCUAAAUUAUCUGCCUCUUUUCAAUUAGCUUUCAUUAUUUGAAAGGUGGCUCCUCCCACCCUCCCUCAGUGCUUUGGCCAGACUCCCAUAAUUGCCUGUAUUUUAUGUAAAUGGAAUUGCUACACCGUAAAAUGAUAUACAAAUGUGUCUACCACACAGAGCCCAAUAAAUGGUGUGAAUAAACCCAUUAUUUCCCA